GACAUCCGCAUGCUAAUCAACGUCGUCUCAAAAUUGUAGACGAUACUUUUCGAUUGAUCUACUAUAAGACGUCAGAAUUCCGAUUGAAAAUGGCAGACGAUCCGAAUCGUGACAUCUUGCCUGUAAAGGAAGGCUCCUGCAUGGAUACGAUUAUUUAUCCUAUAGAUCCUAGAGAACGUCAUCUCGUUUGCAAACUCGAUCGCUAUCAGCUAGAGGAUAAGUAUCUACGUUUACUCGAUGAAGCGAGCAAUCUGAAGAAAUUAUCCAACUGCCAGGAGGACAAGAUUAAGCGGCUCGGGACGAAGCUGAUUAGAUUGGCUGGUAAUCCAAGAUUAUGUGGAUUAACGUUAGAUAUCGCCGAUGAUAGGAAUAGAACAGCUGCUCUCGAGCUUGAAAAUAUCAAGCUGAAGGAGAAAAUUGCUGUGAUGAGGAAUCAAUUGUUGAGUCACACGAUGAGCGGCAGGUCGUCGUCGCGUAGCCGUAAUCUCGUUAGACCAUCGUCUUCUGGGAUUGUGACGUAUCGAAGUGAGAAUAAUCGCAUGAGAGCGCCGUCCUGUCAAUGCAUCAUCGGGGCAGGGGACGAUGAUAACGACAUGCGAAAUUACUUCAUUAAAAUCGAGAAAUUGGAGGCGCAAAAGAAAGACAUGACAUGUCGUAUAAUAGAAUUGGAGAAAGAACUGGAGUAUUUAACCAAUAAUCGAAAAGAAAAAGUAGCGGAAAAUGUAGAGUAUAUACGGGUGUGGCGACAAAUGAAGCAAUUAAACGAUAAAUUAAUGACAACCCAGGAGAAAAAUAUUACACUGACUACCGAAAUUAAUGACUUGAAGACAACUCUUGAACUGAUGACGAAAAAUAAUCAGGAAAUAGCGGCUGUUCUUUCCUCGGAGAGAACGCGCAUAGCUGAGAUCGACGACCAGAUGUUGAAGGCAAAAAAUUCACAAUUCACAUUACGCGAAAAAGACGAACAGAUACGAGAUCUUAUGAACGAAAUUAAAAUAUUGCAACAACACAAUAACGAACUUAUUAUGCUUACGUCAAAAUACGGGCAAAUGGAAUUAGAGAAUAUUGAAUUAAAAAAAAGACUUUAUGACGACGCUCAGGAGCAACAGAUUUUGAAGAUUGCUUUCAACAAUGAACAGGUUAAUAUUACAGCGUUAAAAGCUACCAAUGAGCAAUUACUCGUGAAACUUCAAGAAUUCCAAGCAAAUAUAGAUGUUUUGACAGCACAAUUAACGUCUUUGCAUACGCAAGAUAAAAAGGACUUUACAAUAACAGUACCAUCGGAUGUGGAACAAUGUAAAAAGUGUUGCGAAAUGUAUGAUAAAAUUAUGCAACUGGAAAAAAUUGGUAACACUAGAAAAGAUUGGCAAUCGGCAGAUAAAUUAGUACAAACAAUCGGCAUUGCUUACACAAGGAAACAGGAUACAAUAAUUUCAAAUAAUGAAGAUAAGACAUCGUCUCAAUCGCUAUUGAAGGAAUGGAAGAUAAAUCAGGAAGCGAAUGGCACGAGUGUUUUAUCCCGAGAAAAAAUAUUAAAAUUAUUAGAUCAAGCACAAAUUAACAUUCCUUUGGAUGCAUCAAGGAUCACUCCUAAGAAAGAAUGCACAGGCAUUUUGGACGUAGCUCAGAAGCACAGUGGUGGAGAAAUAUCUUCUCAGCGUGAUAUAUCAAGCGCUAUGCAGGAGAAUUUACAGAAAAGAUUCGCAUAUUUGGAAAAUUCAAAUAUAACACUAGAUCAAAUGAUUUUGAUUUUAUUCGACGUUAUGCAAGAAUUUUUAUCGUUUAUUAACGUUGAUGGAAAACGUCUGGAUCAUCAAGUAUCUGCGAUCGAAGAUCCGUUAAUUGACGUUAACAACAAUCUUCCUACAAAACCUAUUUGUGACAUUAAGCAACAUGAUUUUAAUACAGGAGCCACGAAAGAUUUCGAAUCUGAUCGUUGUACGAAUUGUCUUAAAUCGACUGCCUUUUAUUCCAAGAAUUGCAAUUUUGCAUGCAAAAAAAAACCUGCAACUACCUUAGCGUGUUCACCAAUGAAAGAUAUAUUUGAUGCUACUUCCUCUCCUAUGGUUCACAGAAAAUUAUCAUAUCGAGAUAUUAGUCAAGAUUUUUGCGCAGAAAAGAUGGUAAAGAUAAAAAGAUUAAAAUCGCCCCAUUAUCCCAAAUGUAAUUUAAUGUGUCACUUGCGCAAAGCGAAAAAUUCACUGUCCCUGGAGGAGAAGCGAAAAUUACCUUGCACAACCAAAUGUUUGAACGACAGUAUAAUGUUACCAAUAUGUCCAAUGGAUCCUUUAUUAAUUACUGACAGGCAAGGUCUCAUUGAGAUUCACAUUUCGCGAUUGCAACUUUCUACAUCGGUUACAAAUAUUCCCGAAGAAGAUAUAUGUAAUCUUUACAUUUACAUAAGCUGGGAUGUUUGGGGCGAAAAGACCGCUUAUACACCGAGAAUGAAGUGCCCUAAUCUGAUUUUUAAUUCGUCCAGCGUAUACCAUAUAAUGAAUCUCCGCUCAUUCUUCAAAAACGUGUUGUCGGAAUACCUCAUCUUUCAAGUGAACAUUAUUCGCCGAGACGGUACUAGCUACAUAUUCGCCCGAGCGAAAGUCUCCAUUAAAGAUAUCUUAGAUUAUCCGCAAAACAAGUUGCAUUAUAUCGUUCCUGUGAACAGUGUAAUUUGUUCCAUCUUCGGCGUUAAUUUUGGCCAACUAUCGUUGUGGGUCCGGUUGAGCUGCAAUGUCGAUAUGGUCGAAGCUUUUAAAAAGCAAAGUGGCAUAAGCUCGUUGAAAGAUAUCCAUACGCCUUCAAUAAACAACAUUUCUAAGAUUCCACUUCCUGAAAAUGCUACAAAACAAAUCAUUGAUAUAGUGUCGUUCAAAGAUCAGCAACAAAAAAAUAAUUUGAUGUUUGAAGAUUCAACGAAUGGCCAAGCGCCAUUAGACUCAAAUUUUCAAUAUGAAACUGAAAACUCGGACGAGGAAAAUUCUUAUGUCAAUUUAAAUAAUGAAAAAUUGCCUAUCAAUGAAAUGUCUGAAGAAGAACCUGGAACGUGUGCAAUGAAUUCAGAUUACAAAACGGAUAAAAAUGAGGAGAAUGAGGAAAAUAACGCUUUGAGGGACUCACCAAGUAUGGCAAAGUUCAAAACAUUAUUGACGAAUAAUAUUUCGUCGCCCGAAGGAUCAAGCAGCACGAUCCGCGAUAUGGACGAGAUUCUCUCGAACAAAAACUGGGAGAGGUAUAAGCAGAGGAAUCCACUGACUUUUGACAGUACAUUUAAUAAUUUAUUACAUCGCAAUGAAAAUGAUGCGAUAAUCAUAGAAAUAGUGAGUAUGCAAUUUUUCGACGACAGUUGCGUGAUGCAGGACGAUGAGAUACAUUUGCUUUACGUAGAAUAUUCUUUUCUCGAGAAACAUGGCGAAGAUAUGGAGACCAUUUCCAUGGAAAAACCAAAAACAAGUGCUCAAGAAAUGGUCUACAAUUAUAAGAAAAAAUUUUGGAUAAAUGAAGCGACACAUCCCGUACAAAGAGAAAAUUUGCGCGCCAUGUUAGCCGAAGACGUAAGUCCAAAUAUCAAUUUUACUGUUAUUAGUGAACCAUUACCCGAGGAAAGGGAAGUUAAAGAUUGUGAGGAAGUGGGUUAUGCAACUUUUAAUAUAAAAAAAUAUGCGCUUGGUAAUGAGUGCAAAUAUAUAUUAUUACCGAUUAAAGAUAAUCAAAAUAGAGAAAUUGGGACACUGAAGAUAUCUGUGUCUGGUAUGAAUGCUAUUCGACGAUGUUUACCAGAAUUAAGCUAGAUCGAUUGCAUUUGGUACAAAUAGCAAUAUGA